UACCUCAAUCAGUCAUUGGAGGAAGGACUGAGAGUCAAAAAUAAAGAGGUAACGACUUGUCUGCGUGCUGUUUAGAAGGAUAUUUUAGACCUGGAAAAACUCACAUAUUUACUGCCAGAGGUUGAACAGCCUUGCCAUUUGGCAUAAAGUAGCAAAGCAGAAAGAGACAGAAGGAGAGGAGCAGGGAACUGAAAGCAGCCUAGCUUUUUAAGAUAGACCCUGUGCAAACAGGAGGACUGUCUGACAGAGAGGGGAAGAGUCAGACUCAGCCUCAAAGGAGGAGCUGCUGUCCCGGGGCUGGUCCCUGUGCUACAGCGGCUCUCUUUUUGUGCAUUUGCGUCGUUUCUCAUGCCGUGAUGAAGUCUCUGGGAGAAACUGUGGGCUGGAGAGAAGUUAGAGGACUCUUCCGAGGUUUCUGGUCCCCCUGCGAGGCGCAGGCUGCCUACUGGAGAGGGGGAUUCAUCUGAAGACCAUAAACACACACACAAACACUCGCUGGCUGAGUGUUCAUUUUGUCAGACAAGAAGAACUUUUUAUUUUGAAUUUUUUUUUUUUUUUUUUUACUUCUCCACACUGCAAAGGACCACCAAGAUGAAUCGAUGGCUCAAAUGCACCUCCAUGUACUUUAACACAGACUGGAAUAAGUAUGAUGACAGGCUGAUGAAGGCAGUGGAGAGGAGGGAGGUGGACAAGGUCGCAGCAGUGCUUGGCAAGAAGGGCAUCAUCCCCACCAAACUCGAUGUAGAGGGCCGCUCUGCGUUCCAUCUGGCUGCCUCUAGGGGACAUCUCGACUGCCUGAAUCUCAUUCUUAAUCAUGGUGUGGAUAUCACAGCCACGGAUGCCACAGGAAAAAAUGCCUUACACCUGGCAGCCAGAAAUGCCCAGUCACUGUGCGUGCAGAAACUACUCCAGCACAAUUGCCCAGUGGGAAAUGUGGACCUGCAGGGAAGAACAGCCUUGCAUGACGCUGUUAUGGCCGGCUGCUCCUCCAGCGUGAAGCUGCUCUGUGACAGCGGGGCAUCAGUUAAUGCCAGCGACUUUGAUGGUCGGACCCCAUUGGUGCUUGCCACUCAAAUGUGUCAUCCACACAUCUGUCAGCUGCUGUUGGAAAGAGGAAGUGACAUCACAGUCAGAGACAAACAGAAUAAAACAGCGUUGAUUUUGGGCUGUGAAUAUGCGUGUAAGGAUGCUGUGGACGUUUUGUUGAAACAUGGCGCUGACGUCACUGCUGUGGAUGGUUUCGGACAUGACAGUUAUCACUAUGCACGACUCAGCAAAAACCAAGAGCUUGUCUCUCUUGUCAAGAGUUACCUGGACAGUGCCACAAAAGCAAAAGAAGCUGCCAAGAUGGAACAGAAAAAGAGACAGUUGCAGUCUGUGGAGAUGGCCUCUGAAACCUCUAACCAUGAGAAGAUCAUACAGGACCUGGAGAAAAAGAAUGAGAGCCAACAGGAGUCUCUAAAGAAGUUCCACCAGGAACAGAGGACGCUGCUGGAUAAAGUUAACAUGCUUCAGCAGCAGCUCAGCCAGGAAAAGUCAACAGUGGAGGACAUUCACAAGGAGAGAGAACAGCUGAAGCUUAUACUUUCUGCCAAAGAGAAGGAUGAAGGAGUGCGGGCCUUAGAGACUGUGAGAGUCCAGCAGCGAAGCCAUUUGGGAGAUUACCCUGGCCAGUCUGUGAUCAAAGGAAAAGACAAUGUACUAGUUCGACAGUCACACAGCUUGGACUCUGCUCAGAUCUUGCAGCCUACAGGACCAUCUCGAUCUGUGUCUCGACCUUUGGAGCUGUCACGGCCGGUGGCUGGUGUUCCUGACACACUUCAUCAAGAGCUUGACUCUGUCCGCAGACAGCAAGAGGCUGCACAAGAGGAGGUGGGCCACCUCAAAAAGGCUCUAGCGUGCAAGUCCCAGGAGUGCGAGGAGCUGACCAAGAAGUGUGAGACCAUCAAACGCGAGUCAGACCAGCAGGUACGUGAGCUGGAGGAAGCCAUGGGAGAUGUGCAGAAGCGAAUGAUGGAGUCUGAGUCAAAGGUGAAACAACUUCAGGCUCAUGUGGUGGCGGUAAAGGACCAUCUCAAUAACCAAGUUGUUGAUGACCUCAAAGCACAGCUGAAUGAUAUGAAGGCAAAGUAUGAGGGAGCUUCUGCUGAGGUUGGACGGGUCAGGAACCAUUUGAAGCAGAGUGAGAAAGCAUUGGAGGAGUAUAAAAAAAGUGAAGGACUUCUGGCUGUGGAAGUUGAGAGGCUCACUGCAGAGCUGAGUGCAAUGCAAGAGGACCAUAAAGACAUGGAGGAAAUUUUCUUAAACAUGGAGGGUCAAGUGAAGACUGCAGAGGUCAGGUUGACGUCAAUGGUUCCAGGAGAAAAGUUUGACAACAUGAAGAACCUCCUCACCAAUGCUGUGGAUGAGAAGGAGCUACAGUUGGCUGAGUUAAGGGAAGAUUAUGACCGUGUACUGGAGGAAGUGGCUGAGCUCCACCGUGCGAUGGACGACCGACAAACUGUCCCCCUGCAAGAGCACGAACGAGUCCGGGCUGCUCUGGAGGAGCAAAGCUCAAACUUGAAGAAGAAACUUGCUGAUGUCACUGCAAAGUGUCAGUCAUUAAUUUGUGAAGUGGAGGAGGGUGAGGAUGAGAGAGAACUGCUUAAAGAGGAGCUGCAGGAACUCAGCAACAAUCUGAAGACCAAGUUUGUGAGUUUAGAAAACCACGAGGAGGUGAAGAGGUCUAUGGGACUUGCUGUGGAGGAGUUGAGGGUUAGGUUGGCAGAGGAGAUGGAGAAGAGAAAACAUGCUGAGGAGCAGAUACAGAGGCUGCAGGAGGAGAAGACCUCUCUCUGUGAGAACAUUACCAACCUGAAGAGCAUGUACAUCCCCUGUGAACGUUAUGAGAGUGAGAUGGCUGCACUAACAGAACGCAACACAGAACUGGAAGGAGAUCUUAACAGUCUUCGGGAUAAAUACCAGGAGAAAGUCAAUGAACUUGAGAUUUUGGCAGCUGAAAAAGCAACACUGAAGAAGAGCUUUGACAUUGAGUUUGUCACAAAGAAGGAGUAUGAGAGAGUGCGGAUGGAGUUAGAUGAGGCUUUGGAGAAGGCAAAGAUUGAAAUCGCAAAGUUGGAGGAUGAUUGUAAAGUUCGGGGCGAGGAGUUACAGAAGGCGAAAGAAGGAAAUGCUAUGUUGAAAGAAGAGUUUGAGAAUGUGCAGGCCAAGUUAGAAAAUGAUUAUAUCAGCCUUGUGGAACAUGAGGUAUUCAAAAGUACAAUGAGUGAAGCUUUAUCAGAAGCAGAGGGACGAGCUAGAGAUGCCAACUCAAAGUACCAGUGUGCUCAAGAGAGUGCAUCAAAGCUACACGAGGAAAUCGAAGCACAGAAGAAAGAGUUGGAUACUAUUCAAGAGGCAUUGCAGUUGAAGUUUGUGCCAUUGACUGCUGUGGAGGAAAAAGAGAUUUAUUUCAACACCACUUUGAAGGACUUGGCAGAUAAACUUGCUGAAGUGAAGGAGAUCUACAAUAAUGAAAAGACCAAAGGGGAAAGCCAAAGACUAGAGAAUGAAAAAUUGAAAGAAGACAUGGCGUCUCUGCAGCAGAAACUUCAGAUGGGGCUUUUGUCCAGCGAGAAGUACAAAGAAGUGGAGGACCGCUGCAAGGGCCAGGUGGAGGAUCUGAGUCUGAAGUUGGUGGAGCUAGAGCAGCAAUAUAAAGAGGUUACAAUCCAGCGGGCCGAACUAGAGGAGCAAAACGCAUUGUGCAACUCUGAGAUCCAGAGUCUCCAGAAGAAACUAAACAGCGAGUAUAUCCAUCUGGAGCAGUUUGAGGCCAUGCAGAGCUCUCUGAGUGGGAGCCUGCAGGAAGCACAGAAGGAGUGCAAGUGCUUACAUGAAGCUCAUAAACUGGAAGUCCAGCGUGUUCAAGAACUAGAAAAACAACUCCAGAGUCAGAGCUGUGACGAGACCCAGUAUAGCCAAGUUAAAGAAGCUCUGGAGCGUGAGGUCAACAAGCUUCGCUUGGCACUGCGGGAGGAGGAAGAAACCAGUGCGCAGAGGGCUGAGGACGUAGCCACUCUGCAGACUGAGCUCCUCAGGGCCACGCACGCUCUCGAUGACCUCCGCAGCUAUGAAGAGCAGGUGACCGAGCUCAGAGCUGAAAAGCACAAGCUGGAGGAGAAGGUGUGUGAACUUGGCGAUCGGCUGUCAGGACUGGAUGAGCAAUAUGAGGAUCUGCACAGGGAAACAACCGAGGCCAGGGAAGGUGAAAAGAGGGCUAGAGCAGAAACUGAGGCCCUGCAGAUAAAGAGCGCCUCCAUUGAGAAGGAGAUCAGAGAUCUGAAAGAGAGAUAUGAGGAAUCACUCAGCACCAUUGGAGAACUACAGAAGAGGAUUCAAGCAUCCUCGGAGCAGACUGAGCUUAAAGACAAAAGGAUCACAGAACUGUUGGCAGAUGUUGAAAGGCUGAAACAGGCUCUGAAUGGCUUAUCCCAGCUGGCUUAUGCUGGCAACACGCCCAACAAGAGACAGACUCAACACAUUGACACACUCCAAGCCCAGGUCAAGAGCCUUCAGCAGCAGCUGGCUGAUGCUGAGAGGCAACAUAGAGAAGUGGUUUCAAUUUAUCGAACUCAUCUUCUCAGUGCAGCACAGGGUCACAUGGAUGAAGAUGUCCAAGCUGCCUUACUGCAGAUCAUUCGAAUGAGACAAGGUUUUGUGUGUUGAACUCAACACACUGAGACCACACUGACUCCAAUUCAUCAUUCACACAGUAACCUCCCAUUCAGCUCAGUGCGGUUUGAUACUGCUCUGGUGUACUUCACUCAAAGUCACGUUUUGUAACAUUUGAUAUGUUCUGAUUAGGUUCGGUGUUGUGUGUAGCUACUAACAGUAUGAAUUUAAGUAUCUGUAAUAUAGAUGUGCCUAGUGACAAUACUAAAUAUAGCACUAGGGAUAUCUAAACUCAUCCAAAAACACAUAAAUCAUAAACAUGAGAGGCAAUGGAUAAUGAUUUAAUCUUAACGAAGCAUAUUGGCUUAACUAAGAGAGUCUCAUGUACCUCCUUAUUUCAUGUUGAAAUAACCUAACUACAGUUUAAAGAAGAACAUUCCCUCCCUCCUCUCUUAUAGCCUCGAUCUAAGCUACGUGUGUGGUUUAUUAAUGAGAAACGCAUCCCUUUAGAGAGAUUUUAACAUGCUGUUCUCAGUCCAGCACUACUGUGUCCUCUUCAGUGGUUAAAGUAAUGACCUGGUUAGGGCAAACAGAUCUUUCAACACUAGGGAAAUUAGCUUUAAGGCUUGAGUGGAGUGGUGGGCACUGAGGCAGUUCCUGGGCCGUCUAUGUUUUAUGAAAUGCCAGUGGCAUAGUGGUUGAAUAUCAUGCAGUCCUGCACAGUGAUAUUAUUACAUUUUAUCACAUGUAAGCUUAUGCUCAUACAGUAUAGAGUAAGAGCAUAAUUGCACAGCUCUGAUACCACAGUAAACAUCAUUUGUACACUUGUUUUGGACUCCAAAGAUCAGAGCACAUCACUGCAGCUUCAUCUUACACAUAUGUUUUGCAGUUUUGCCCGGGGCCCAUGUCCAUACACUGGAUCAUUGUUUCAAAUGCGGGUGGUGUAUUUGAGUCAGUGAGUGUCUAUUGGGUUGGGUGAUAUAGGAUGGAGUAGUUCUUUUAGUAAAGUGUUAAUGUAAAAUUGCUUUGCUUCUGCAGUGACAACAGCAGACCACGUCUCAUAAAUGAUUGUAUGAGGAAAACGUUUAACACUGAGGACUUUCAUAACACUCUAUCCUUCAUGUUUCUGUAUCCUGGCUGAUAUCGCCAUCUAGUGGUGUGACUUGGCUGGCCAAGUUUGAUGUGUGCUUUUGUGUAGGAGAUUGUGAUGCAUUUAGGAAUUCUCCCUUUUGAUGCUUCCCAAAUCUGAUAUAUCACCUUUUACAUGGCUUUGUACUACUUUUGAUUAAUGAACACCAUGUUUGUGGUAUCUAUUACAGAAUUCAGCAGGACUGGAAUGGAAAGGCACAAUAAUCUGUUCAGGUUUCAGAACAUGACUGUAUACUGACAUACUUUAUAUUUUGUGGAUCUUUUUUUUUUUUUUUUUUUUUUUUUUUUUUUCAUCUAAACUGUCACCAAGUCAAAUUAUCCUUUGAGUUUCCAAUCAGAUACUCUAAAAUGAAUUAGAGUUCCUAACCAUGGCUUUCCAGGAUUGAUUUAAUUUAUUUUAAAAACACCACUGUUGUACCAUUUAGUUUGAUUGGAAUUAACGGAUGCUAUUGGUUUUCUCUGUUGGGAAUGACUAAUUGUAAUGGUUUCAUUAUUUAUUAGUAUUACAUUCUAACUGUGCUCUUAUGGUUAUCAGUUAGUCUGUGCGCUUCCUUCAUAGACAUUUUCUCUCCUUUUUUUUUCUUUUUGUUUUGCAAAAUUUUGAGUCUAACAUCAAUAAAAGUGCCUAUUUUAGACUAAACUGACUGUGUGCAAAUGAAAAAGAUUAAUCCCAGUUGUCUCAGAGUGUCUUGAAGUGAACCUUGCCUUUGGCAGGCCUUUCCAGCCCCUCUCACUCUUCUUGAAGUGAACACACAUGUUGUUACUUUAAAUCCAAUCAGAUCAAGAUUGAGAGCUUUUUUUCCUCAUGUGGUUUGCAUUGAUUUGUACCUUAGCAUUUAACUUACCUUUGAAACAAAAUGAGGUUUACAAAUACAAAGGAAAGAAUAUUUUUCUUUCAAUAAAGGUCAUUGUUUUGUUUUU